CGUCGAUCCCUCCAUGAAGAUCCUACAAAUCUAGCUACGCAGCUAGCGAUCGAUCGAAUUCCAUAUCAUUGUUUACUCAGACACAUCAUCAGCUACGUAACUGCGUCAGCUUCUGGUUGAUCGGAUCGCGUCCAUGGCUGCGGCGGCCGGGGGCGGCAGGCGGCCGUGGGUGGUGGACGUGGAGAAGAAGCUGGGCGAGGCGGACGCGUCGGUGGAGGUGUCGCGGUGGCAGCGGCACUGCAUCUACCGCGUCCCGGCGUGCAUCAAGGACCUGAAGCCCAAGGCGUACAAGCCGCAGGUGGUGUCGCUGGGCCCUUUCCACCACGGCGACGCGGAGCUGGUCCCCAUGGAGGAGCACAAGCGGCGGGCGCUGCGGCACCUCCUGCGCCGCGCCAAGAGGCCGCUGGAGGACUUCGUGGCCGCCGUGGAGGAGAUCGCGGAGCCGCUGGAGAGCGCGUACCUGGACCUCGGCGCCGAGUGGCGCGGCGGCGGGAGGGAGCGGUUCCUGGAGGUGAUGAUCGUCGACGGCUGCUUCCUGCUGGAGGUGAUGAGAGCCACCGUCCUCGACGGGAAGAACACCGCCGACUACGCGCCCAACGACCCCAUCUUCAGCCACCACGGGGUGCUGUACAUGGUGCCGUACAUCCGCCGCGACAUGCUCAUGCUCGAGAACCAGCUCCCGCUCAUCCUGCUCGAGAAGCUCGUCGCCGUCGAGACUGGCAAGCCUACGAACGGCGAUGCCAUCAACAGGAUGGUGCUGAGGUUCCUGUCCCCGACACCGCGGCUACCACCCACCGGCGUCGGCAUCGGGCUCCACGCGCUGGACGUGCACCGCCGGAACAUGCUGUACGGGCACUACCAGCACCGCCCCCGGCGCGACGUGCCGGAGACGGACAUCAUCCGGUCCGCGGUGGAGCUGUACGAGGCCGGGAUCCGGUUCAGGAAGAGCGUCUCGGACAGCCUGCACGACAUCCGGUUCCGGCACGGCGUGCUGAGCAUGCCGGCGGUGACGGUGGACGACUCCACCGAGUACAUGUUCCUCAACAUGAUGGCGUUCGAGCGGCUGCACGUCGGCGCCGGCAACGACGUGACGGCGUACGUCUUCUUCAUGGACAACAUCAUCGACUCGGCCAAGGACGUGGCGCUGCUCAGCUCCAGGGGCGUCAUCCAGAACGCCGUGGGCAGCGACAAGGCCGUGGCCAAGCUCUUCAACAGCAUCUCCAAGGACGUGGUGCUGGAGCCCGAGAGCGCGCUGGACGCCGUGCACCGGGAGGUGAACGCCUACUGCCGGAAGCCCUGGAACAUGUGGCGCGCCAACCUCAUCCACACCUACUUCCGCAGCCCCUGGGCGUUCCUCUCCCUCGCCGCCGCCGUCUUCCUGCUCGUCAUGACCGUCAUGCAGACCGUCUACACCGUCAUGCAAUUCUACCAGGGCGGCGGCAGCGGCAGUGACGGCGGAUCGUCGGCGGCGCCGGCGCCGGCGUGAUGAUCGAUCUCUGCACUGCAGCCUUUUGAUUGCAUUGGUCUGCAUGCGUGAUCUGUUUGAGCUUGUUUUGAUCGCGUUCCUUUUUCUUGAGGUAUAUCGAUUGGUUGUGUACUUGUGUGUGUUGAUUCUUGUCGUGGAUUCCAGUUGUUGAUUUCUCCUUUUUCGGUCUCUUUCCGAGUUUGUUUCUAUAUUUGAAUUAACGGGUUUUCAAAUUAUGG